CCCCUCCUCUCUCCCGCCCGUGUGCAUUCGUCACUUUCUUUUUCCUCUCUUCACCAAGAAAAAAAAAAUCCUUCACCCUCUUUUUCCAAAACAACCAAUCUUGAAAAAUAUGGCAUCUGGAACAAAUGCUCUCGACAUGGCGCUUGACGACGUCAUCUCGCAAACUCGAACUGACAAACGUCGACAAAACAACAGCGGCCGCGGUGGUGGUGGCAUGCGUGGCGGAGGCGGCAUAAGCAAGCCCAAUCGCGGCGGUGCCGGUUUUCGAUCUGGAAACAACAACUUUUCGCGUCAACCUUAUGGCUCCAGACCAUCGUAUCGCAGCGGCAAUCAAUCCUACAACACACAAGCACCCAGAUCGACACGUAACCAGCUGGUCGUUUCCAACUUGCACUACAACGUAACCGAAAACGAUCUCUACGAACUCUUUGGUCAAAUGGGCAAACUCAAGCGCGCUUACUUGCACUUGGCACCAAGCGGCGGCUCAUCGGGCGUGGCCGACAUUGUGUACAUGCACCCACAAGACGCGGAACGGGCCUCGGCGUCAUACAACAAUGUUGAGUUGGAUGGUCGCCCGAUGCGUAUAAGCUUUGCGACACAACCUGGCGCUGCGCCUCAGCAAUCUGCAGGUGGAGCGAUGCGGCGGCCAAUGCGCGGUGGCAACCAGGGCGGAUACACUCGCGGCGGAAGCAGAGGCGGACGCGGAUCUGGUGGCAACCGUCGUCGUCAAGACAACCGACCCCGUCCCUCCGAGGCAGAUCUCGACGCGGAUAUGGACAGCUACAUGACUGGCCCUACUGACGGCGCGUAGUUGCGACGACACAAGGUCUGAUCCACACACUCUAUAAAGUGACACACACACACAAACUCUUUCUCUCGCUUUUGCCCACCCUCAGACAACACCUAAGAAAAAAAAACAAUACUAUCUGCUCCCUUGCUCUCUCUCUUUCUCUCUCUUAUAUACUCCCAUCUCAUCAUCAUCACCAAUCAUGUAUUUGACGGUUGUAAACAAUGUGCUUUUUCCAGUCCGGUUGGACAGCCGAGUUAAUUUUGCAGUCGAUAUUAUAUAUAAAAAGAAAAAAAACGUGUCGUUUCUUUCUUUUUGGUGUCAGUUGCCUGACUGCUGUCUAAAAAUAGAAACCGUCUUGGCUCCAGUUCUUCUAGCAUUUCCUUUUGCUAUUUUCGCACCAUUUCGGCAGUGUCAAUUCUUCUUCCUUUCCUUUUCUUCUCUCUCUCUCUCUCUCUCUCUCUCUCUCGGCAAAACCAGUAUAUACACACCUGCCGUGCAAAAGUAUACAAUCGAUACAAUA